UUCGGCAUCGACCAGAUCCUCAGCAACGUGGAGCAGAGCUGCAUGCUGGGCGUGAGGAUGCACGAGCCGGACUACGGACACGCGGCGUACAACGGCGGCGGGAGCAGCGGCUUGAACGGCGGCGGCUUCGCGUGCGGUAAUGGCGGAUAUAACGGCACCGCCAGCUCGUGCGGGAUGGCCUCCCUCGGAGGGGGUUAUCACAUGAACAUGGGCGUGAAUGCGAACGGGACUAACGUGAACGCUGCCGGGGUCAUCCGUGUCCCCGCGCACCGGCCUCUGAGCUGCGGGAACUCCUCCGUGCCGCCGGGGAGCGGGACCAUCAACAACCUGAACGCGCUGACCUUCCCCUUGUCCCUCUCACCCCUCACUGUAACACGUCGUGUAGGUCAUCCCUACCAGAACCGGACGCCUCCCAAGAAGAAGAAGCCUCGGACGUCCUUCACGCGGCUGCAGAUCUGUGAGCUGGAGAAACGGUUCCACCGGCAGAAGUACCUGGCGUCGGCUGAGCGGGCCGCCCUCGCCAAAGCCCUGAAGAUGACCGACGCCCAGGUCAAAACCUGGUUCCAAAACAGACGCACCAAAUGGAGGCGGCAGACGGCGGAGGAGCGGGAGGCGGAGCGACAGCAGGCCAACCGGAUCCUCAUGCAGCUGCAGCAGGAGGCUUUCCAGAAGACCAUCAACCAGCCGGUGACCCCGGACCCGCUGUGCCUGCAGAACAGCUCCCUGUUCGCCCUGCAGAACCUGCAGCCCUGGACCGAAAACACAGGAAAGAUCAGCAGUGUGUCGGCCUGCGAGUAGAGCUGAACACACGGCCUCCGGCUGGGCACCUGCGCCGGUACCAACUGACUGCUAGAGGGCGGGGCUGAGCUGUGGCCCGCUGAGGAGCUCCGUAUAGAGGAGGCCUGAUGCGGGACACUGUUUGAAAGAUCUUGGUUAUCAGGUCAUCUCCUCCUAUUAUCACCCGCCUUCUGUCAGACCCUGCUUCAGAUGGGGUCCCUCGGCACUACUCCCAUAUAAUGGGGGUCCACAUCUGGAUCCUUCAUAGGUCGGGACUGAAUGCUCCAGCCCUGCAGACACCAGACUGGAAUUUUGGAAAUAUUCCAGGGGCAUCUUGAUGAACUGUGUGCUCCCUAACACUGCAAAAAGCCCACCAGAGGACCAGAGACUGGCACCAGUGAGUGGUUGUAUUAUAGUUUACCUAUAAGGGACUUGAUGUUUCAUAAACAGCAUAUUUUCAUAUUGAUGUCUGACAAAAAAAAAAAGAUAUGUGUGUACAUCUAUGCCAUCAGUGUCUGUCUGUGUUUAUCUGCUUUGUUAAUGGACUUUUUACUCAACUGCACAGUAACAAACAGGGCACUUGUUUUAGCACCUUUGUAUGAAUUCAAACAUGUAAUCUGACUCCGUGUGAUGAUUUACAUCAACAAACCAAGGAUAUCUGUCUAUUUUACCACUUCAUGAUUUAGAAAUAAAUGAACCUAAAGGCCGACAAGAUAAAGGAAGAAUAAUAUUUAAUGCCACCUACAUUUAACA